CCGCGCCCCGCCGGUGACCACCACCAUUACCAUCCACCACCACGAGCGAGCGAGGCGGCCAACGAAUCCCCACCACCACCACCACCGGAAGAAAGGAGAAGUUGGAGCGCGCCAUGGCGAGGGGCGGGGGGUUCCUCAGCGCGAACGUCCUACUAGUGGCGGCGGCGCUGCUGCUCCUGGCGCUGGCUUGGGGUGCCCGGGCGGCGGGGGCCGGGGACGUGCCGCUCAGCUGGGAGCUCGGGGUGGUCGGCGGCGGCGGCGAAGAGGAGGAGGACAGCUUCGGCUUCUCCACCGCCGGGGAGGCCGCGGUGGUGCGGCGGGUGCUGCAGGGGCAGGGCUACAUCAGCUACGGCGCGCUGCGGCGCGACACCACGCCCUGCUCCGUCCGCGGCGCCUCCUACUACAACUGCCACCCCGGCGGCCAGGCCAACCCCUACUCCCGCGGCUGCUCCGCCAUCACCCGCUGCCGCGGCUGACCACCAUUCCACCUCCCGCCCACCAUUCAAUUGUUCGUUGCCUCCGCCUCUCUUUUUCUCGUCUUCUCCUCCCUUUUUCCUUUUCCCUCUCCGUGCUGUUUUACCAUGAAAAAGAAGCACAAUUGGUCGGUGCCCACCCACGAAUCGAAUUGAGCCAGCAAGAUGUGUGUGUGCGCGCCCCGUCCUGUAUAUUGCGAUUGGAAUUUCUUAUAUUAUAUUUCAAGUCGUGUAUAAACUGAAAUUCUUCUGGUGCUAUUUAAUCUCUCUUUGUUUGCUU